AUGUCAGAGAAGGAUCGCCAAGAAAAAGAAGAAUGGCGAGAAAAGAGAAGAAAGGGGCGCGAGGAUGCAAUCGAAAGGAUGAAGAUGAAGGAACGCGAUGCAAAGAAGGAAAAAGAACGAAGAGAAUUAGAAAAAUUCAAGGAAGACAACCCGCAGGCCUACGAAGACAUGUUGGCGCAAAAGAGAGAGGAUGAGCGACAAGCAGCCGAACAAAAGAAACGUGAAAGGCUCCUGCAGGCAGCUUGGGAGCGGAAGAGGCGCAUUGAGGCUGGAGAGGAUCCGGACGAAGAUACACGACAGGCGCCAUCUUCAGCAAAGGGAAAGAAGGGCAAGGCAUCUGGGUCAUGGUACAGUACGAUUGCGGCGCUUAUUAUUAUGGCAGUGGUCGGUGGCAUCGGUUACAUAGUGGCUACAGGAACAGGUGCCAAAGGAGGCUCUGGCAGUGGCCGUAGCAAGGGGAAGAAGAAGACUCUUUGGCGACAAAGUAGAGGUGAGGGGAGUGGUAGCGGAGCUUUGGGUGCUGAGCUGCUUUUGGCUUUGUUGGGCACGCGCCCUGGCUUGCUGCGGUUGGCUUUCGAGGACUCCGCUUGCAGUGUGGCCACGCUCUUCAUUGAGAUUGUGACAUCAGUGUCCGACCUUUGCACUGAAGGAGUACAACUCCCUACAGGAGAGUUGGGGUGGUUCUACAAGUCCAAAUUGGGGCUGGACCCUUUGCGCUCUCAACUCUUAGAGACAGAGCUGAAUGGAGUUGAAGAUUACGAGAGCAUCGAGCGCGAGGUCCUUCGUUUGUUCAAAGAGCUCCACGCCCAGGAGCCCUUGAGCAGGAAGCCCUUCAGAGGAGGAGACACUGGACCCAUCAACAAGGACAAGGCAGUCCAAGCCGAGCUUCAUCGUAUGCAGGCUAUGGUCUCCGAAGCUGAGGUUGAGGUGGACCCGGAGGAGGACGAUGAGCUUGCCAAGGUCAAGCUCCAAGAAGUGAAGAAGGAUCGCGGCUAUGGCCGUGCCUCGCCGGUCAAGCAAGUGAAGGUGAAUGUCGCUGGCAAGCUCUCCGCGGACAAAAUGCUUGUUGGAGCACUGGAUUCGGCACGCGACCGAACUUGCACUGGGACCGAAUGGCUCAACAACCACCUUCGUUGCUUGAGAGAUGCCCCCGAAGCUGUUCGUGGCUUGGUCAAAUCCCACAAGGAGUAUGAGACCUUCAAGUUUGGAAAUGGUGGUACCCAGGUCAUGUACGACGACCGUUUGCAAUUCGAGUCCCACUUCAUCGACCACUUCCACCUUCCAAUGUUCGGCUCAUGGAUGAAUGCAGGCAACCUCUUGGGAGGCGAGAACGCCAACGUGGACGUGAAGGUCGGAAGAUGGAAGCGGAUGUAUCUCCGCAUGGGAGAAAGGUGUCGCUGGGCAGCAAAGGCCUUACUUGCGAUAUCUGCCAUUUCCCUAUCCCUCGGCCACAGCGACGGCAACUUGGCUGGCUCCCUGGAGAAGAACUUGUUCACCAUGGGCGACUUGGGCAUCACUGCCAAGUUGAGGAGUGCAGCCCAGAAGGAAGCCAUUGCGAAGAACGCCGAAGCCGACGGAAGUCGGGAACAGGAGGCUCGAGGCCUUCCUACUCUUCGCGCAGAUUUGGUGAAGCUGGCAGCGCUGCUUCAUGUGGAGCUGCUCUUCCUCUCCAACCACCAGGCUGUUCAACGACAAUCCAAAGAACCUGGCAGUGCAGCAACGCGAGAUGAGGGCCAUGAUGGAACAGAUGUGACUCCAGACAUGGAGGUGGAUCUCAGUUCAGAGCCAAGUCUGACCCCGGAUUCGCCACAGGAUGCAUCCCGUGAACUUCACCGAGGCAGAGAUCCGAGCGCUGAACGGUCAAGCCUACGAGGAGCUGUACGGAGUCAGUUUGACAGCUCAGUUCGGGGAGGACAUUCCGCCACAGGUGAUGCAGGAGAUCCGUUUGGGUCUUCGGGAUGGCUCAGCGAUGUGAGCAGCCCUCAUGAGUUCCGACUUCACCAAGAUCUGAAGCCAGGACAAGCUCAAAUGGUCGCUCAAGCUUGGAGUCAACAUGAACAAGAUCGCAAGAAAGUCUCCAAGUCUCCGAGGCAGGUGAAAGAGCUGUUGAUUGCUGACCAUGAGCAGCCGUUUGAACUGCGUCUUCCGGAUGACAAGAUCUCUGCCGCACCGAAGCCGUGCGUGCCCUACAGGUUCUGGAGGAGGAAAAUGCCUUUUUGCGCGGUGCUUGCAUUUCCUUGCGGGCCAUGGAGCCCAUUGCAGUACCUCAACACUCGAGGACUGGCUUCAUUGGAUCAACGGCAAGCUGAUGGAAUGGUGUUGAUGGAGUUUGCGAUUGAAGUCGCGCUGUUGCAAAUGAGAGGAGGGCGACACUUCGUCAUGGAGAACCCCCUUCCCAGGCUGGCGUGGAAGACACUUCCCACGCAAAAGUUCACUGACCAGGCGAGUUUCGCAAGAAGCCUACCCAGCUAG